AUGCAAAACUAUGAAAUUGGAAUUCCGAUUAUUAUUGAAGCAUCUAUUGGAUUUGCUUGUUCUUUAUUCUUCAUACUUGAUAUUUCAAUUCAUUAUAAAAUGAAGCUAUAUCAAUUGGAAUUAGGAAUAUUAUAUACCAAUAUGCUGUAAUCUAUAAGUAAAUCAAUAAUAAUUGUUUUAAGUUACAAUACUAUUAAUUCUUGACUUUAACAAUUAAAUGUGUGUUUGGACAUUGUUUUUCGAGUAAAGCUUGACUCUUUCAAGUUAUCUUUGGACUAUUUUGAUUCUACAAAAAAGUUGUUUACUCACUAGAUACCCAAUUGAAAUUGCGUUAGAAUAUCUAAAAACUAAUUAAUUUACAGUAUUAAUUAUUAAAUCCAGCUCUAAGUUAUAAUUGCAUUUGGAUUACCAAUAAUUGCUUCUUCAAUAAUUUUUGUUAAAUUAAAUAUAUGUCAACUUGAAACCCUCACUUAAGUUUCAAGUAAAUUAUUUUGGGCAAUAUAAUCCAUUUUAACUAUAAUCUUUAUAGGAAUAAUAGCAUAUCAUAUCAUAAGAAUACAUUUAAAUUGCAAGCUUGUAUAAAAUAUAGAUUAAAUUUAGGUCAAAUUAUACUUAGAAAUUUUAUAUUGUCCAUUAAUAUUUAUUUUUUCAUUGCCAUGGAUUGUAUAUACAAUAUUCAAUUUUGAAUUAGAUGAUACUAAUGAUUUAAAAACACUUUAGGGUAAGAAUGACAGUAAUAUUAAAAGGUUUAUUUCUUUUGAAAAACUCUUAAAUAAUUUUAAGUACAUUUCUUUUUGGAUAAAAUUCAGCCUUUUAAGUAGCAUAUCUUGAAAAUGCAUGUCCGAUAUUAAGAAAGACAUACUUAGCAAAAUAUCAUUUUGAAAAGAAGUAUGAAAUAAAUAAUUAAAUUUAGAAUAAAUAAUUCAUAGAUUUUAAAUAUUGAAAUUAGUAAUAAUUUAUGUACAUAAUUAUUAAUAAAAUGAUUAUAAAAUUUGUAAUUUAUUAAAUAAAUAAUUAAUGGAGUUAAUUCAAGGUAUUUUAUCCUUGAUUGGUAAUAUUGGUAUAGUAGCAUUAAUGUUAACAUUUGCAAUUUUAGGAUUAUUGUACUGGUAACAGAACUCAUUAAUAUAUUUACCAGGUUUAAAUAUUUUAUUAAUUUACCAAGCAUUUUAAGGAUUACCCUAGAGUCCUAGUUAAAAUAUGAAUGGACUUAGGAAUCCAUCAGAUAGAAAUCUUCAAUAUUAAGAUGUAGAGAUUGUAACUCUUGACAAAUAAUAAUUGAAAGGAUGGUUGAUCAAAUAGUAAAAUAGUCAUAAUGUCCCUACCAUAAUUUUUUUUCAUGAAAAUGCUGGAAGUAUGAUACUAAAAAUUAUUAUUUUAUGAAGAUAUUGGAACUAGAUUGCAAUUUUUAGAAUUCUAUUUUAACUAAGUGAAAUGCAACAUAUUGAUUAUUGCCUAUAGAGGAUAUUCAGAUAGUACAGGAAAACCAUCUGAAUAAGGAUUAAAAUUAGAUGGAGAAUCUAUUAUUAAUUAUUUAUUCGAUAGAGAUGAUAUUGAUCCAAAUAAAAUAUUUGUACAUGGUAAAUCUUUGGGUGGAGCAGUGGCUAUUCAUGCAAUGACUUAAAAUAUUGCAAGAGGCAUCAGAGGUGUUAUACUGGAAAAUACUUUCACAUCUAUUGAUGAUAUGGUGGAUAUUAUUUUUCCUAAAUUAAAACUAUUUAAAUCCUUUCUUCUAAAGAAUCAUUGGUUGUCUAUUGAAAAAAUUAGUUCAAUAACUCAACCAAUAUUAUUCAUUUAUUGUAAAAUAAUUGUAAUUUUAUAAUUAGCUAUGAAAGAUGAAAUUGUACCAGUCUAACAUAUGGCUGCUUUAUAAAAUGCAGCCUAAAAAGCUUAAUUUAUAAAUAAGGUAAUUUAAAUUUUAUAUUAAUAAGUUUGUAAUUGAAGAUGGAGAUCAUAAUAGUAAUUGGUCUAUAGAACCAGAAAAAUACUUUAAUUCAAUUUUAAGUUUCAUCAAUAAAGUUAUUACAUCAUGA